UGACGUCAUUUGUCUAUAUUUGAUUCUCGGCCGAGGAGAUUUAACAAAAGGUUGGCGGAAGAAAACUCAUCUUUUGCCUAAAACCUCAUUGCCUCUGUACGAUCCACUAAAAUUUUAUUGAAUUAAGAUCUUUUUGCCAUGUCUGAAGAUUAUUAUGAGGUUCUUGGGGUGCCUAGAAGCGCAUCAGAAGAAGACGUAAAAAAAGCAUAUAGAAGACAAGCGCUUCGCUGGCAUCCAGAUAAAAACCCGACCAACAGAGAGCACGCGGAAGAAAAAUUCAAAAAACUUUCUGAAGCUUACGAAGUGCUCUCAGAUAAAGAGAAACGCGAUAUUUAUGACAAAUACGGGAAAGAAGGUCUCACAAGCCAAGGAACACCAAGAGAAGAGACUUUUGGCGCUAGUGGCGUCCACGUUCAUGUGUUCCGUUCGCCCGAUGAAAUCUUCCGUGAAUUUUUCGGCGGGUUCGACCCCUUCGAAGACUUUUUCUCGAAUCACUUUGGUGGUAUGAGAACCAGCUAUGCUACUAACCCACCAAGGAGGAGACAUAGGAUGGACAGAUCAACACCAGAAGGGUUUAACCAUUUCCCGUUUUUUGAGGAAGAGCCCGAAGUUGUUUACAUCGAUAUUACUGGCGACGAAGUGCCCCCUUCGACACAUUCACCUGGCAGAGGCCAACAAAGACGAAGAAGAAGGCGUCCACGGCACAUGCACACAAAUAUGGAUGCUCCGAUUGUGGAUCCUUUUGCUGAGUUCCGAUCGCAUCUCAUGGAGGACCCCUUUAGCGAUCCAUUUUUCUCGAUGAAUCGUUUUCACCAUGACCCGUUUCUGCAGAUGGAACGACAUAUGCAGCAUAUGCAUGAGAUGAUGGGGCGAAUGUUUGCACGUUUCUGAUCACCACCUAAUAACGUUUAUACUUAUAUUGGAAAAAUCUAAAACCAAAACAAAAAGUAUAUCUCUAUAAUAAGAACGUCCGCUUUAAUUUAUAACAGAAAAUCGCAAAAAUUUAUUUAUUAGCAUGCUAAAUGUUAAAGCUGAGUUUAAAUGUAUUUUGUGUAAAGACAGGUUUGUAUAUAAAUUUAUACAAGAAAUCUAGCUCAGAUACAUGUUUAGAUAUUUAGGGUACUUUUUAUAGAAAACAUUUGGUAUUGAUAUUUUGUGAAUAUAUCAUUAUAAAUACUAGAGACUAGGUGUACAUUUAUUAUUUUCAAAUUUAUAAGAAUAUUAAGUUACGUCAAUUUAAUUAUCUGUCAAGAGAAGCAAAAAGCAAAGUCAAAUUUAUGUUUUUAAAUCAAGUCAUUUGCAGGAGAAACGACCUUCUAGAGAUAAUCUACGUCUAUUUGGCAUUUCUUAGGCUUUUAGUUCUAUUAUAUGGAAAUUUUCUGAUUUGCAAUUCAAUCAUCAAACAAAAAGCUGAAAUAGGUAUUAUACAGCAUGACAACCUGCAAAAUAGCGUUUAAAGCAGGUCAUAACACUAUGAUGUAAUGUCAAUAUUAUUGACUCACUCAAAGGAUCCAUACUUACAAUCAAAUAUCGUUAAACUUUAAUCCUGGGUGGUUAUUUUGAAGUUUUCUUUCAAAUUAACCGAUGGAAUUUCAAUUGUAAACAAUAAUAAAGGAGUGGUUGAUCCACAUUCUUUAAGGAAAUAUGACCCAUGAUUUUUUGUAUGGUUUCUUUACACUCAUAAACACUAUUGACUAUUUUUUAUGGCAUAUUUCCAAUGAUAUUACUAUAUGAACAUUUUAUUUCACAGUGUUCUUCACUUUUCUUGUAAAAAAAUCAAAAUGUUUAAAUAGGAAUCUAGCCAAACACUUUUUGUCUUUUUGCUAUCAUUAAAUAGAGUAUGAAUUAUAAUGUUGUUUAUAUGUAGUUGUUACUCUUCUUUGUUAGUGUUAACAUCUUUCAUUAAAUACAGAAGCUAUCUAUAA